UUGCAGAGGGAGCUGCUUUGCAGAGAUUGGGGGCCGCUGUUGAGGGCUUUCUCUUGUCUGUUUUUUAUACUUAGAUAUCCACCUCAGCUGUUUUAUUUAUCAAGUUCAUGUGUUUAGAGCUAGCUUGUUAGUUAGUUAGCUAGGUUUGUUUUUUAUCUGAGUGCAGCCCCCAAGUUUGACGCAUAUCUCUUUCGUAAUUCGAAUAUCUGCUAUAUAUGUCAAAAGUUUGGGCUGUCCAUCACUUUGAAUUGAUAAGCACUGGCUGUGUUUUUAGCUCGGCAUCGAUACACUUAUUAUUCGCUAUGUUGUUACAAGAAAAUCAGGUCAGCGUCAGUGUUUUCACGUCUGUAACGGACUCAUCAGAUGAACCGAUCCGAGCUGCGUUUCCCCCCUCAGUGGAGCUAGGACUCACCGUUGUCUAUACUGUUCUGUACUCCCUGCUUUUUGUAUUUGUUUACCUACAACUUUGGCUAAUUUUGCACUAUGGACACAAACGCUUCAGCUACCAGAGUGUCUUUCUUUUUCUCUGUUUGCUGUGGGCAGCGCUGAGGACUACGUUGUUUUCUUUUUACUUCAAGAACGUUGUUCAAGCGAACCAGUUGCAGCCUUUACCCUUUUGGCUUUUGUAUUGUUUUCCUGUUUGCCUGCAAUUCUUCACGUUAUGUCUCCUAAACCUAUAUUUUGCACAGGUGAUGUUCAAAGCCAAAGCAAAGUACUCACCGGAACUCAACAAAUAUAAAGUGCCUCUGCGUCUGGGCUUCCUGCUGGCGAGCCUCUUCUUCCUGGUGGUGAACGUGACGUGUGCGGUGAUGGUCAAGCUGGGCGUGGGUGAGCGCAUCAUGAAGGACGCCGUUCUGGCCCGUGUGCUCAUCAACGACAGCCUCUUCGUGGUCUGCGCCGUCUCGCUCGCCGUCUGCAUCUUCAAGAUCGCCAAGAUGUCCUCCGCCAACGUCUACCUGGAGUCCAAGGGUACUUCAGUGUGCCAGGCCACAGUGAUCGGUGUGGCGGUCAUCCUGCUCUACACAUCGCGGGCCUGCUACAACCUGGUAGUGGUGGCCCUGGCCCCCGAGGACCGACCCAGCCCGUUCAACUACGGCUGGUACAACGUCUCUGACCAGGCGGAUGUGGAUAAGAUCAGUGGGGAGGCGUACAUCAUCUUCGGGGUGAUCCUGUUCUUCUGGGAGCUGCUGCCCACCAGUCUGGUGGUGGUCUUCUUCAGGGUCCAGCGGCCUAACCAGAACCUGGCCCCAGGAGGGAUGAUCAGCAGCCACAGCUUCAGCUCCAGGGCCUACUUCUUCGACAACCCGCGGCGGUACGACAGCGAUGACGACCUCACGCGGAGCAUCAGCUCCCGGGGUGACCGGGGCAGUGUCCUGUCGACAACGCCACAGGUCUCGUCCAGCUGGUACGGCUCCAUCCAGAGGAACGGCAGCCUGACCGGAGCGCCCCACCUCGUCAGCGGGCCCCAGGCCCCCCCCGCCCCCACCGCCCCCCUGCUCCUCGCCUACGGGAACAUCCAGACCAACCAGCACCACAACUACUACUCUACACCGCAGAACUGAGCCCGUAACCCCCCCCCCCAACGCAACGCCUUCCCCCGCCCCGCAACCCACGGAAGCCUACUCAGAGCUGCCCUAGUCUGUUCCAGUCGGUUUGUCCAGUGGGACGUCUUGUGAGUUUUUCCCCCACUUCAGUGGACAUAUCACCCUAUUCUGCUAACCUCCACACUCGUGUAAAGAUUCCUGUUGUGGACGGGAGAAGAUCCAAUCCAAUCAGUCUGUCCAAUGGGGGACUCCUCGACAUACAGACGUAUGUCAGUGUGUCCUGACCUACAGACGUACCCAUGUCAGUGUGUCCUGACCUACAGACGUACCCAUGUCAGUGCUGACCUACAGACGUACCCAUGUCAGUGUGUCCUGACCUACAGACGUACCCAUGUCAGUGCUGACCUACAGACGUACCCAUGUCAGUGCUGACCUACAGACGUAUCCAUGUCUGUGUCCUGACCUAUAGACGUACCCAUGUCAGUGUGUCCUGAAUAUCGGCUUUGUUUUAGUUUGUUUUCGUACGGGUGGCAGGCUACACGAGUGCAGAUUAUUAAUUGUGACUUUGCUUUUGUUCUGUUGGAGCCUCCUGUACACAUGAAUGUGUUGGGCUUCUCCAAAGCAGUGGUGAACGUCUCGCGUCUCCUCUCUCUCCUGCUCGGCUGCAUGCUACAGGCUAGACUCCGCAGACAGGUAGGCAAGUGCAGGUCAGCGCAGACUACUGGGUCUGCAUGCUACAGGCUAGACGCCGCAGACCGGUAGCUAAGUGCAGGUCAGCGCAGACUACUGGGUCUGCAUGCUACAGGCUAGACGCCGCAGACAGGUAGGUAAGAAAGGGAUGAGGCUCUGACUACUGCUUUAGAUUCCUCACCAUCCCUUCCUGCCUGAUUGGACACUUAAGGAUGACAUCAUUCCCAAGAGGUGGAUGUGCAGAGAAAGACACCGCUGUAGUUGUU